AUGUCAUCCAACAACCACAAACUGGUGCACAACUUGUCGUCAAAGGAGCUGACGGAGGAACAAAUACAGGUGUUACGGCAUGAGGCUUCAUUCAACACAGCCGAUGCCAAACCCGUCAACAUGAUUGCAACGAUGGAAUCAAUCCUCAGCCAGAGGGAAGCGACAGACGAAACGAAGAACCUCGUUCGACACCAAAUGUCAUCCCUCCUCAUGGCUCAUAGGCCGCGCGACGUGCUUUCCAAGGUCGAGCGCGAUGCACUUAAGGAAUUCAUUGCCGACAACUAUGUCGUUAUCGGGCUUGCGGACAAGGGGCGUUCCACGGUCGUAUUAAACAGGACAGACUACAAUCAGAAAGCCAAACGUUUGUUGGAGGAUCGUCAGUUCUAUGUGUCAUGCGAAUCCAACCCCAUAAAAACGCUGACACGCGAGAUUAACGCGAUACUGUUGGCAAUGGAGGACUCGGGUUUAAUAUCGCCCACUGACCGACGCAUGGCGAGAGCGCAAGGAACGGCCCUAGCCCGAUUCUACGGUCUCCCAAAAGUACACAAAGAGGGCGCUCCUCUCCGGCCUAUCGUGCCACUAAAGGGCACUCCAACCUACGGACUGGCAAAGUGGCUGUUUCGACGUUUCACGUUUCUGGCCCUCCGAUUAGAACACCACAGUCAGCUCUUGAACACAAUUCUUAAAGAAACUUAA